AUGGUCAGUCAGGCAGCCAUGCGAGGCCAGCGUGUGGGGGAGAGCGAGUGUCGGUGCUGGAACCCGGCCGUCUGGCUCCUGGUGUCCCUGCUGGGAUCCAUAGUGUUGGUGGCCGUCAGCGUGCUGCUGCGACUCGCCAAUGGCGUGCAAACCUCCGUGAAGACGCAGUAUCAAGUACAACUGGUGAAUGGACGCAACAGGUGCGAGGGCAGGGUGGAGGUGCGCUUCAAUGACUCGUGGGGCACGGUGUGUGACGACGACUGGGACAUGGUGGACGCCAACGUGGUGUGUCAGCAGCUGGGCUGCGGAGUGGCUGUGGCGGUGGGCAGCAGCUCUCAGUUCGGACAAGGCGCCGGGCUCAUACUGCUGGAUAAUGUGGACUGCAGAGGAAGUGAAACAGACCUCAGCCAGUGCAGGAGUCUGGGCUGGGGCGUCCACAACUGUUACCACUACGAGGAUGUGGGUGUCACCUGCAGAGGUAAGGCCUUUAUACAACUGUAAGAUCUCACCACACCCCCCCAGGGGAACACUGGUUUACGAGAUGGCACCAUCCGUCUGGUGAAUGGACAGAGCGCCUGCCAGGGCCGGGUGGAGAUCUACUACCAGGGAAGCUGGGGGACAGUGUGCGAUGAUGACUGGAUCCUCAACAACGCCCGGGUGGUGUGCCAACAGAUCGGCUGCGGCACGGCAGUCUAUGCACACACAAACUCCUACUUUGGCUACGGCACCGGCCUGAUUCUCCUGGACAACGUCAACUGCUAUGGCACUGAGCAGGACCUGGGUAAAUGCAAAAGCCUGGGCUGGGGCAAACACAACUGUGGCCAUCAUGAGGACGCCGGAGUCACCUGCACUGGCAAACCAGCCAUUCGUGUGAUGAAUGGUAACAGUAGCUGCCAGGGUCGCGUCGAGGUCCUCUACAAAAAUGUUUGGGGGACAGUGUGUGAUGAUGACUGGGAUAUGCCCAAUGCCAACGUGGUGUGUAGGCAGCUUGGCUGUGGCCCAGCUAUUGCAGCCAAGACCCAGGCCUACUUCGGCUACGGUUCUGGUCCGAUCCUGCUGGACAACGUAGAAUGUGGCGGCUUUGAGCCAGAGCUGUCCCAGUGCUUCCACCUGGGCUGGGGUCAGCACAACUGUGGCCAUCAUGAGGAUGCUGGAGUAAUCUGUGCACCUUUUGUAUACUACAACGCAAUCGGACGUGACUUUAGAGUAACAGAACGGAUACCCGCCACCACCACCACACAGCCCUCUGAAGGAACGGUGAGACUGGUGGGUGGUCAGCACCAGUGUGAGGGUCGGGUGGAGAUGUACUUAAAUUCCGGAUGGGGCACAAUUUGCGAUGACGCUUGGGACCUCCCUGAUGCUCAGGUUGUGUGUCGCCAGCUGGGCUGUGGAGAGGCCACGGCGGCCCGGGGAGAGGCUUUCUUUGGGCCUGGAUCAGGAACAAUCCUGCUGGACAAUCUGAAGUGCAGCGGUGAAGAGGCUUCCCUGCAGGAGUGCUCCCAUAUAUCCUGGAACGUGCACAACUGUGACCACACCGAAGAUGCUGGCGUCACCUGCUCACUGUCGUGA